CCUGGGAGAGAGGCAAGAUGGGAGCAGUGGCUGUUAGGAAGCCAGCACCAUCUCUGAAGGGUCUCUGGCUGAGGAAAAGGUCUCUCCCACUCCAGCUGUUAACUGGAGAGACUGCCAUUGGAGAGUGCAUCCUCCAUGCAAAGCAGACAGUCUACGCCCUUUCCUUCACACUCUCUGUCCACCUAGCCCAGGAUUGCCUGCUCAGACUGGCAGCGGGUCACCAGACUCUCAGGCAGAGAGCCUGUUCGCCAGCUUCCUGACCCUUGUAAACUGCAGAGGCUGCCAUUGGGGAUUGAGCCUGGCGCCUUCUGCAUGUAAGACAGGUGUCCACGCAGUUAUGCCCCUUCCUCUCCAUCUGCAGCAACUGAAGACGGCCAGCCUGGAGAGCCUGAGAGCGGAUCAGCCCCAGCCAAUUUCAUGUCACAUCAUUUUCCUACAACGAAGACUUUGGGGAGCAGCUUCGGGGUUGAGGCUGAAUCCACUGGCAGGAGCCAUGGAAGGGGGAGACACCGUGGUCACACAGCAGGUCUGCCAGGUGGACGACAUGUAUGACGGAGAGAUGCGAGAGGUGGAGGUGGCUGGGCACCCGGUGUUGCUCGUGAGGGACCACCUGCAGUUCAGCGCUCUGGGGAGCAGGUGCACCCAUGCCGGAGCCCCCCUCAGCAAAGGCUACUUGGGACAGGGACGGAUCCGCUGCCCCUGGCACGGGGCUUGCUUCAGCCUCAAGACGGGGGACAUUGAGGAAUACCCCACCCUGGACUGCCUCACAUCCUUCAAGGUGACUGUGGACGGUGGGCAUGUGUACGUCACGGCCAAGAUUAAGGACCUGGAGAGCAGCCACAGGGUGAAGCCCAUGAGCAAACGGAACCCGCUCAACAGCCAGACGGCACUGCUCCUGGGGGCAGGCCCCGCAGCCCUGACUUGUGCCGAGAUCCUUCGCCAGGAGGGCUUUACUGGCAGAAUCGUCAUGGUGACCCGGGAGAACCACCUGCCCUACGACAAGACGAAGCUGAGCAAGGCACUGGGUGUCAAAGCAACAGACAUCUACCUGCGGCCUCAGAGCUUCCUGGAUGGUCACAGCAUCGAAGUCUGGAUGGAGAAAGAGGUGGCGUCUCUGGACCUGGAUGGCAAAAGGGCAGAGUUCAGUGACGGGACCUGGCAGACCUACGACCACCUGCUGAUUGCCACGGGCAGCAGCCCCAGGCGCCUCCAGUGCCCAGGCGCCAACCUCCAGAACGUCUGCGUCCUCCUCACCCCUGAAGAUUCCAGCCGGAUCUUGCGCUUGGCAACGGGCAAGAGGGUGGCGAUUGUGGGAGCGUCCUUCAUCGGCAUGGAAGUGGCCGCCAGCCUCGUGGGCAAAGCCGCUUGCAUCGAGGUGAUUGAGAGGGCAGAGUGCCCCUACCAAGCAGCCCUGGGCUGCCAGGUGGGCCACGUGGCCAUGAAGAUGCUUCAGGUGCAGGGAGUGAAGUUCCACCUGCAGGCAGAGGUGACAGAGCUGCAAGGCGAAGGAGGAAAGGUCACGCAGGUCCUUCUGAGCAGCGGGCAGGUGAUCCUCACAGAUGUGGUGGUGGUGGGAAUAGGAGUGACCCCCAAUUCCAGCUUCCUUCAGGACAGCUCCAUUGUGCUGGACCGCAGAGGUGCCGUCGUCGUGGAUUUGUUCAUGCGGACCAGCGCCCCCUCUGUCUUCGCUGCUGGGGACGUGGCCUCCUUCCCCGUGGCUCUGCUCGGAGGGAAAAACAUUGACAUCUGCCACUGGCAAAUCGCCCAAGCCCACGGCCGCGUGGCUGCCCUCAACAUGCUGCAGAGGCAGGAGAAGCUGCACACGGUGCCUUUCUUCUGGACCAAGCUGCAGGCCAAGAGCAUCCGUUACGCAGGCUGCGGGAUGGGCUACACCGAGACGGUGCUCAAGGGAGAUCUGAGCCAGGAGAAGUUCCUCAUCUUCUACAUCAGGGAUGGCAUUGUGACUGCAGUGGCCAGCCUGAACUUUGACCCCAUGGUGGCCAUGGUGGCUGAGGUCCUGUACUCGGGGAAGAUCAUCACCAAGGAUGAGGCAGAGGCGAUGAAUGAAGAAGCCCCACCAGAGAAGGCCUAACCUCUCUCCCCACCCCAUGCUAGGAUCGGGGCCAGGGAGAGGCCAUGAGGCUCCUAGCCCUGCUGAGAAAAAAGAGGCUGGAUUUGAUCCUAACAGGCACUGAAGCUUCUAAUUUUCGCCUAAAAGAAUUCCUAAAACUCACGUUAGCUUUAGGUUUCUCACAAACUUUUGAAAUUCCGAUCUAAGCUUUCCUCUCUGCUAGUGUUGAAGACCAGGAAAAAGUGCUUGAGCGGAGCUGCCUCCAGAUGUCCCACCCUCCUUCCAAGCAGGGCCCCCAUGCCGUGUUUUUUUUUGGGGGGGGGAGAGAAGGGGCUGCAGCAGCUCACAGGUGGAGCAUCAGCAUCAUCUCCAGGGAGGGGUUCUGCUCAGACCCCUGCAGAACAUCUGCCGGCCUGUGCAGACAACACUAGAUUCUGUGGAGAGGAGGCAGCUGCCUAGUAGGUCUUGCAAAAUGUAAUAUUUGUUCUGAUAUGAUGAAGGGCUUUGCCACUUUUGUUCUGAAUUAACUGUAGCAGUGUUCAUAAACAGUUUGUCCAAAAGAA